AUGGUUGUCACUUGUCCGUUACAGUUCUAUGACAAGUUUAAUAUCCGCCACAAUAUUGCGGAACUCCUCGAAUACCUGUGGCAAGUCCCUAGUCAUCGAAAUGCUUGGAGACAGAUUGCUAAGGAGGAGGAAAAGGGUGUCUAUCUGAAUUUCUUGAACUUUCUGAUCAAUGAUAGUAUUUAUCUUCUGGAUGAAAGUUUGAAAAAAAUUCUUGAGCUAAAAGAAUUGGAGGCUGAGAUGUCUGAUACGGUUGAGUGGGAGCAACGACCAGUUCAAGAGAGGCAGGAGAGGACCCGGUUAUUCCAUUCUCAAGAAAAUAUUAUUCGAAUAGAUAUGAAGUUGGCAAACGAAGAUGUGAGCAUGCUUGCAUUUACUUCAGAACAGAUUACUGCUCCGUUCCUACUUCCUGAGAUGGUUGAGAGAGUGGCUAGCAUGCUCAAUUACUUCCUGCUGCAAUUGGUUGGUCCGCAAAGAAAAUCACUUAGUCUGAAGGAUCCUGAGAAAUAUGAAUUUCGUCCAAAGCAUUUACUAAAACAGGUUGGCAUCAAUUAUAUUUCAAAAACAUUUGAAUGAGUUUUUUAGUGGUGA